AGCUUCAAUGUCUUAUAAACCACCUUAAAAAGUAGCUUAUAAACUUGGAAGCAAGGUGCGCUGAAAGAGAAGAGGAUGCCGCCAUGGAAGCAAGGUGCGCUGAAAGAGGAGAAUAGGAUGCCGCUGUGGAAAAACGGUGCUCGUGAGAAAACUGAGAGAGGACAGGACACAUGGAUAGUAAACAGUAUGAAGCCCGAAUAUUUUAUACCAGGGUUAGUCAUAGGGUUCCUUCUGGGUUUACUUGUUGAAUUCCCCAAGAGUUUUGUAAGGGGUUCAAGUAAAACUCACGAUUCUUCCAAAGCCAAGAACCAAAACUCUGAAGGGGAACUUAAAAUGGUGUUAGUAGUUCGGCAAGACUUGAAGAUGGGAAGUGGGAAAAUAGCCUCACAGUGUGCACAUGCUGCUACAGGCAUUUAUGGAGAACUCAUGAGAAGCCAACGAUCUCUUUUGAACAAGUGGGAGCAAGCUGGACAGCCCAAAAUAGUUGUCACAUGUAAAAAUCAACAAGAAAUGAACAAUCUAAGAGCAGCAGCAGAGAAAAUAGGCUUACCUACCUUUACUGUUGCUGAUGCUGGACGCACUCAGGUUUCUGCAGGGUCAAGAACUGUUCUGGCCAUUGGACCAGGAGCAAAGACUCUAGUGGAUUCUGUCACUGGAAGGUUACGACUUCUUUGAAGGUUGAUCAAUCAUAAAUUCCAAAGCAAUUUUUGCUAAUUUUUCGGUACCUUUUUAUUUUAAAAUUAUACGAGCCAUUCAUCUAAUUUAAUUUAUUCUUUUGUGUUUUUCUACAUUUUUAGGCUUUUUCCAAUUUUUUUUUUUGGUGUUUCUUAAAAAUUGGUUGCAUAAGGCUUAAUAUAUUGUAGAAAGUAUUUCCCAUCUUUCUAAAUAUUCAAAUAAAUUUUAUCCAUGAUGUUCUACAGUAUGAAUCAAUGGAGUGGAACACAUUAUGAGUUACUCAAAAUGCUAAAUGCUUCUAUCAUUAAAGAGAUUGGACGCGUUACAUAAAUAAGUGUAAGAUGGCAUAUAAAUGAAUUUAUUUUUUGACU